AUGUUCCAUAAGUAUAUUGCGCGCACAUCUUGCCGCCGCCCCUCAUCCCUUCUCCCUAUUCCGCCCAUGUCGUUGGCGAAGAAAAGCUCCCAUGAGGCUGUGCAAGCCGGCGAGCACGACUCUGUCUCCCAUGCGACCACCGCCGUUGUCGACGACGAGCCCGCCCCGAGGCCGUUUAGUGGGCGCUUCCGCGACAAGACGCCUGCUGCAGCGGAAGCGCGGAAGGUGUACAUUCGGACGGUAUUUGGCGGGAUGUUUGCCAUCUGCCUUGUCAUCUUCGUGGUGUUCUCGAUAUACUGGGGCUCCGUGUGGCGAACGCCUCGCCACCCAUUGCUGGGCUGGGUUGUGGACUUUGACGGAGGAGCGGUGGGUCAAGCGGUGUCAAAUGCGCUAGGGGCGAUUCCGUCGGGCAGAGGAGGUGUGAGGUGGACAGUCGUGCCCGCGAGUCGGUUCCCGGGCGGUAUCGCGCAGCUGCAGGACGAGAUAGUGGAUGAGAAGGCGUGGUACGCUGUUACAAUCAAUCGUGGAGCGACUACCAACCUCUCUGCUGCCGUUGCUGCCGUCGAUGCGGCCUACAACUCGUCUAGUGCCAUAACGUUCUUCGGGUCGGAAGCGCGGAAUGAGAACAUUUACCGCAUCCACUACCGGGUGGUCACUGCACAACUAGAUGCAAUCACAUUCCAGUUCAACCUCGGCUUCCUCAGAAACAUGUCCUCCGCCAACAACCUACCCCAACUCCUUUCCACUGCCCCCGCACUCGUCAGUCGCCCAGUAUACUUCACCUCCGUCAACCUUCGGCCAUUCGAUGUCCCCGUCGCGAGUGCCGUGACCUUCGUGGGCCUCAUCUACCUCCUCAUUCUCGCCUUCUUUAUUGUCAACGUCUCCGCCGCCGCCCGCCAAGUGUCCACCCUCGAGAAUACGCUCACCCUGCGCUCGCUCGUUACCGUGCGCCUCAUGACCUCCGUCUUCGCGUACUUCUUCGUGGCAUUAUUCUACACACUCCUCAGCCGGGCCUUCCAGCUCCCGUUCGACCGGCACUACGGCCGCGCGGGCUUUGUCAUCUUCUGGAUGCUCAACUUCAUUGGCAUGCUCGCGUGCGGGCUCGCGCUGGAAGCCGCGCUGACGCUGCUCACCAUCCACUUUGUCCCGUUCUUCCUCAUCUUUUGGAUCAUCUGCAACGUCUCCACGUGUGUGUUCCCAAUCGCCACUCUCCCGCAUAUAUAUCGCUACGGCUAUGUCUUCCCGUUCUACAACAUCGCGCGCGCCGUAAGGUCCAUUGUGUUUGGCACCAAGAAUCAGUUGGGCGUUAACUUCGCGGUCCUCUUCGUGUGGACGCUAAUCUCCUUUAUCUCGAUCCCGAUCUUCCAGUGGUGGGCACGGAGAGGCGCUGCUCGCGCUGCCGCCAACGCGCAGCGGGGCGAAAAGUUGUGA